GAGACAGGCAGACAGAGAGCGCGAGCGAGAGAGAGAGAUGAAAAUCACUGUCCAGCUACACAAACAGACGCGCCACGCAUGAAGAACUUGUACGGCCGGGGCGACAUUGAGCUCCGUGGAGCGGAACAGUGGGACUGUCACGUCUCGGGUGGUUAUAGAGAGCGUUCAUGGUGCUGGUUAGCGAGCUAUCCAUAUCAUUUCUCCCGUGUUAUCCACGAAGGGAAGGAGGUGAAAACUACCCGCCGCCAUUUUUUGGAAGUGAUUGACUGGGAGUGGGGAGUUAGCUGUAAACUGGGUAGAUUUGAAGGGCCCCAGCUGAUUUAGUUUAUAUUCCCGGUGAGUCAUCACUUUCAGCGCUGUCAGUGCCGACGGUUUGGAUACUGUAAAUACACCGACUCUUCUUCAUUACACGAGCUGCCGAAGCUCCGGGGGAAUAAACACUAGAGAUUGUGUUUACAAAUCUCUCCUGUAUUCUCACCGUUUCCUCCCAGGAUAGCUGGUGUGUUAGCCACAUUAGCACGUUGAGGUUUUCUCUUGGAGUGCCUGUUGGACGGGUCUCUAUGUGUACACUGCCUCCCUCUGGCAGAUGAGUAACCACCGGGGCCUGACGCAUCGCAGUCGCACGGACAGAUAGUCCCCUGCAAGUGCGGCGGGUCCUUUGGCUCGCAGCAUGCCCUCUACCAGCCGGGCAGGGAACCUGAAGGACCCCGAUAUCGCAGACCUUUUCUUCAAGGAGGACCCCGAGAAGCUGUAUACAGACCUUCGUGAGAUCGGUCAUGGAAGCUUUGGCGCAGUUUAUUUUGCCCGAGAUGUGCGGACUGCAGAGGUGGUGGCCAUCAAAAAGAUGUCCUACAGUGGGAAACAGUCCAAUGAGAAAUGGCAGGAUAUCAUUAAGGAAGUCAAAUUCCUCCAGAGAAUACAACACCCAAACAGCAUAGAAUAUAAAGGAUGCUACCUGCGGGAACACACCGCAUGGCUUGUCAUGGAGUAUUGUUUGGGCUCAGCCUCUGACCUCCUUGAAGUUCACAAAAAGCCCCUUCAAGAAAUUGAGAUUGCAGCAAUUACCCAUGGUGCUUUGCAGGGCCUUGCAUACCUUCAUUCCCAUAACAUGAUUCACAGGGAUAUAAAAGCUGGGAACAUCCUGCUGACUGAGCCUGGACAAGUCAAACUGGCAGACUUCGGUUCUGCCUCCAUCGCCUCUCCGGCCAACUCUUUUGUGGGGACACCAUAUUGGAUGGCCCCUGAAGUGAUUCUAGCCAUGGACGAGGGACAGUAUGAUGGAAAGAUUGACAUCUGGUCUCUUGGGAUCACUUGCAUAGAAUUAGCGGAAAGGAAGCCCCCUCUUUUUAACAUGAAUGCGAUGAGUGCCUUAUACCACAUAGCGCAGAAUGAGAGCCCCACGCUACAGUCAAGUGAAUGGACGGAUUAUUUUCGAAAUUUUGUUGAUUCUUGCCUUCAGAAACUCCCUCAAGACAGACCACACUCUGAAGAUCUGUUGCAGCAUGCCUUUGUCCAGCGAGAGAGGCCAGAAUCUGUCCUAAUGGACUUAAUAUUGCGAACAAAAGAUGCUGUCCGAGAGCUGGACAACCUACAGUACCGUAAGAUGAAAAAGAUCCUCUUUCAGGAGGCCCACAACGGGCCGACCGCCGAGACCCAGGAGGGAGAUGAGGAGCCAGAGCACGGUGCUGGGCGCACAGGCACAGUGAGCAGUGUAGGUAGUAACCAGUCCAUUCCCAGCAUGUCCAUCAGUGCCAGCUCUCAGAGCAGCUCAGUGAACAGCCUUCCAGAUGCUGCUGAUGACAAGAGUGACCACGACUUGGAGAAAGACCACACUGUGAUGUCUAACAGUUCGGUCAUACACAUGAAGCCUGAAGAAGAGGAAGUUUACCAUGAGGAUCCUGAGAUGCGUCCUCAUCCUACAGAGGCCCUCACAGCACCUGCACAGCCCCCAAAACGCAAGCACCAUCGCAACCGCGAGCACUUUGCCACCAUCCGUACAGCGUCUCUGGUGACACGGCAGAUGCAAGAACAUGAGCAGGACUCUGAGCUGAGGGAGCAGAUGUCUGGUUACAAGCGCAUGAGACGGCAGCACCAGAAGCACCUUAUGGCCCUAGAGAACAAGCUGAAAGCAGAGAUGGAUGAACACAGGCUGAGACUGGACAAAGAGCUGGAGGCCCAGAGAAACAGCUUUGCUGCUGAGAUGGAAAAACUGGUGAAGAAAAACCAAGCAGCCAUGGAGAAAGAUGCCAAGCUAUUUUCCUCUGAUGAGAAGAAAUUCCAACAGCACAUUCAGGCCCAGCAGAAAAAAGAGCUCAGUAGCUUCCUGGAGUCACAGAAACGAGAGUACAAGCUACGUAAGGAGCAACUGAAAGAGGAGCUCAAUGAGAACCAGUCCACCCCCAAGAAGGAGAAGCAGGAGUGGCUGUCGAAGCAGAAGGAGAACUUUCAGCACUACCAGGCAGAAGAGGAGGCCAACCUACUCCGCCGCCAACGCCAGUACCUGGAGCUCGAGUGUCGCCGUUUUAAACGCCGAAUCCUUAUUGCAAGACACAAUGUGGAGCAGGAUCUUGUACGGGAGGAGCUCAAUAAGCGUCAGACGCAGAAAGAUCUGGAACAUGCCAUGCUGCUCCGCCAUCAUGAGUCCAUGCAGGAGCUGGAGGUGAGGCAGCUGGGUACCAUCCAGAAGAUGCGUACAGAGCUGAUCCGCUUGCAGCACCAGACGGAGCUCACCAACCAGUUGGAGUACAACAAACGCAGAGAGCGAGAGCUGCGCAGAAAACAUGUCAUGGAGGUCCGACAACAGCCCAAGAGCCUUAAGUCAAAAGAGCUGCAAAUCAAGAAGCAAUUCCAGGACACAUGUAAGAUUCAGACACGACAAUACAAGGCCCUGCGUAACCACCUCCUGGAGACCACGCCCAAGUCUGACCACAAGCUUGUGCUGAAGAGACUGAAGGAGGAGCAGACCAGAAAAUUAGCCAUCCUCGCUGAGCAAUAUGACCAUUCCAUCAAUGACAUGCUCUCCACACAAGCCCUGCGUUUGGAUGAAGCUCAGGAGGCUGAGUGUCAGGUGCUAAAGAUGCAGCUGCAACAGGAGCUGGAGUUACUGAAUGCCUAUCAGAGCAAGAUCAAGAUGCAGACCGAUGCACAGCACGACCGUGAGAGGAAAGAGUUAGAGCAGAGGGUCUCACUGCGGAGAGCUCUACUUGAGCAGAAGAUUGAGGAGGAGAUGGUUGCUCUACAGAACGACCGCUCUGAGCGCAUCCGCAGUCUCUUGGAGAAACAGGCUCGGGAGAUCGAAGCGUUUGACUCUGAAAGCAUGCGUCUGGGCUUCAGCAACAUGGUGCUGUCCAGCUUGGUUUCGUCCGACGGAUACAGCCACAGCUUUCCGGGGGCCCAGAGCAACUGGGGCUCCCAGCAUGGUGCAAGCUCUCAGGUGUCACACAGGGGAGGUGGCUCAAUCAGUGGAGGGCACCAUGGUGGCAGCCAGCAUGGUUAUCACCACCAUCACCACCACCCAAGCCAGAGCGGCUCUAUUCAACAGCCCUGGGGUCACGGCCUGUCUUCAGGCGGGCCGCCUCCCUGGGGGCACCAUGGGUCUGGGGGCAGUCAGCGCUCAAGCGGGGGUGGUGGUGGGCUACGAAACAGUCCCCAGGCGGUACAGCGGGCCUCAGGGGGCCGCAGUGAGCAGGGUAUAAGCAGGAGCACCAGCAUCGCCUCUCAGAUUUCCAAUGGCUCACACCUGUCCUUCACGUAAGACCACCCGCUGCUCUCCCACAACACCCAUCUUAAAUUACCCUGAAUGCCAUAGGGGAAGGGAUACAGGGGCACCAUGGUCAAAGGGGGACCUGGAGGAAAAAACAGUCUACUUUUCUCUUUUCUACCCAUUCCUAUAUUUCUUGUCUUCUGAAUAUGUUUUAUAGACCUAGUAAGCACAAAAAUGUAUCCAUUGUAGUUCCACUUAUAAGGAUGUCAGCCAGAAAGGCACGUACAAGGUUCUGGCCAGUUGUUUCUUCAAAUAUCAAACUUCAGUUAGAAUUCAGAUUACUUUUCUAAUUCACUUUGUGGUGAUGAGAAAAAUAGCAAUGAAUUCAGAUAAGACGCUGUUUUAGUUUGAUAUGAGAAAGUUAGUGAUGUUGAGAUUGAAUAUAUGAAUGCUGUGCAUUACCUCUCACAGGUGAGAGGAAGAACUCUGGGUAUUGUAUGCAAGGGUUUUUAUCCUAGUCUUAUUUGCAGGUACUUUCCAUUGGUUUUUGGUUGUCAGAGAGAGUUGGUGUGGAGUACAUAUAAUUUCCUUAGAAAUAAAGAUUCAUAAGAAAACAAUUGUAGGUGUGUGUAUGUAUGUAUAUAUAUAUAUAUAUAUAUAUAUAUAUAUAUAUAUACACACAUUACGUAAGAUUAUAUAAACUUGAAUGGUUGGAUACCAGAAUGUGAAAGAAUCGAGCUUUACCGUGCACUUGACUUUUAGUUUAGCUUAGAUGUUUUUGUUUUAAAUACAGGUGAUAUUAAUUCAAAUGUGUUAAUAAACAGUAUGCUUUACUUUUUUGUGCCACAACAUAUUUUACCUUUUGAAAAUAUACUGUGAAAUUCCAAUACAUCAGCUGCCAGGAUUGUAUCUUUUGAUGGCUGUAGUUGAUAAGAAUGAAAGAGACCUACUUAUGUUGCCAUGCAUUCCCAUCUUUCCACAGGUCCAGGUAGCCAAAAACACAAAUCUGGGUAGGGAUAGAGAGUAGAAUGCCAGCUUAAAAUACUGCUGCUCAUUCACAGUGAAUGUAUUAACAUUGAUCUGUUUCUAUUGGCUAGAAGAACAUUCUAAGAUCAAAAGAUACAAGCAUUUUAAUGUGGAGAUAUUUUGGAGGAUUUGAAAAGUAGGGUUUUUUCUGUCCUCGACUGCAUACAUGGGUGAAUCUCAUUAUAAAUUCUAUAUUAAUAUCUUAUAUAAAUAAAAUAUGUAUUAUAUGAAAUGUAUUAAAAAAAAUAGAUAUUAUUUCAAACGUAAAGUAUUUAUACAUCAUGGCAGUAUUUUCUGGCAGUACAAUAUUGCUUUAUUACAGUAAUUAUAAUUUCCAUUGAGAAUAAUGGAAUAACUCUCAAAAACAAAACUAAUGUAAAAUGUCUGGAUACAUUACAAUAAUGAGAAAUUGGGGACUGAGAAUGUGUUUAAUUGUCAUGAAAAUGUCAAAAAGCAAAAAAAAGAGUUUGUGGUGAAAUAUGACCUGGACCUGUUUUUGUGAGAUUCAUCCAAAUAGAGUGAAAAAUCAGCAGGAUUUUGUGUGUGACAAGAGCUGGUCCAGUAUAUUAAUGCUAAUUUUAGUUUUUUGAUUUAGAGAUGCCAAAGUUAACAAUCGCAACUAUGCAAGAGGAGAAUAGCCUGUUCCGUUCACUUUUGUGUUUUUACCUCUUCUCUCGGCGAACAUUGCAAACCUGAGUUUAACGUCACAGAAAAGCACUUUACCAUCCCUUUCUACUCUUCCACUUUAUUGAUCGCUACAAUCACAUACAAGCAGGUCUCCUGAACCUCUGGUGCCCCCUCCUCCCCUUUCUCAGGCUGGGUUUCACAAGCGUGUGUUGUGUGGAUUUUAAGGGUGGGGAGGUCUAGGUUGGGUAGGCCUGAGAUGGCUGAAUGUGUUUUUGCUGGACGGGUGGGUGCCGCUGCUGUUGUCCCUGCAAUGCCUUUUGUCUCUUCCGAGCCCACCCCAGAGCUCCGGCAACUGCUGCCCGACCUCACCCUCCAACUGAACACUUAUCACAGCAUGUAGAAAAUUGAGAAAUCUACAAGGAAAAAUGUCAGAAAGCAUAAUAAAACAUUGUUAUGGUGAAAGGGUAUACAGUCAGGAUGUAUAGGAAUAAGUUUGUGUAUAUUGUAUAUUUAGAAAUUUAAAUAAAUGGAAAUCAAGACAAACCCAAGUUAAAUCUAGUCUAAAAUGUAAUUGCUUGAAUGUGAAGAAAAAAGAAAAAACAACUUGGUCUCUAAUAUUGAUUAUUUAAAAGGAAAAAAAUAUAUAUAAAUAUAGACACAAAGCUUACUCUCAGAGGUGUCAACACCCCGUUCAUUUUACUGAAACUUAAAUGUCAUUUUUAGUGUCAUUCAAAACUAGAAAAAAAAUUCAUAACUGCCAUCACGCAUAUCUCAAAUGACUUCCAGGACUUUGGUGCAGUACCCUUUCAGUUUUAAAUUGGACUUGUUUGAGAGAAUGAAUCAUGCUCUUGGUCAUAGAGCACAAUUGUCAUCCCUGAGCACCUUGCUUGGCACACUGCUGGUAUAUGCAUGGGAUUACAGAUUACAUGAGAUGCCAUUAAGCUAUCCGUCUAUAACUAUAAGCAACUGAGCCAAUCCUAGGCCAAAUGUAACAAAUGAACAUGGCCAUGACUAGUAAAAUGUAAUCUGAAACAACAUGCCUAUUAAAACACUGGCCGUAAACUCAAAAUGUCAUAACAGCAGCUUUACUUUCCGAAAGUGACAUUCAGGUCACAGUCUUUCUGCUGUAGUCUAUUAUGCCUGAAUGAUAAAGCAUGAUCAUGAAGUAUGAUCCAAAAGAGAGAGAUGUGCCCUUUUAUUAAAGAGAGUAAAUAUCUUUGAAAGCCUUUCUCAUCCUGUUUUAAAGACCCCUUUCAAAGCAUGAAAAUAAUGGGAUGAGUAAUAACGGGGGUACAUCUCUUUACAGUGCGAUUACCAGUAUUUCAACUGUUUUGUUUUGAUGGCCACUGUCUCCUUUUUUCCUGUUUAAACAUUACCAUAACAAUCCAUAUAGAACCUGUAUUAAAAUGUAUAGAUUGUGGGGGGGGAAACUGAAUGUUGCAGAGAUUACAAAAAUUGUUAUGGCUGUUCAUAACAAAAAAAAACUAAACAAGUGAAUUAAAAUGUACAAAAACUUCUAAAAACUUGAGGGGGACAAAUGUAAUGUUUUGUUUGUAAUUACUCCUUUUGUUGGCAGAGGGCUACUGGACAAAGAAAUCAACUGUAAUAAAGUAAUUUUAGUACA